ACAGCCCAGCUGUCAGGCACAGUUAGGGCAGCCUCUCUCUGGGGUCCUAGUCACAGCCCAGCUGUCAGGCACAGUUAGGGCAGCCUCUCCGGGGUCCUGUGAAGGCUGCGGGAAGAUGGCGGCCUCCUUGAGACUGGGCUGUCAGGGGAUCGUCAGGACAUUGGUUGCCGGUCUCCGGGUCCGGGGUCCUGACUGCGGCCUGAGAGCUCUACACCGGAGCGGGAUAUGGAGGGGAGCUCCGUCUGUCCAGGUGUUCAUGCCGGCACUGUCGCCCACCAUGGAAGAGGGAAAUAUUGUGAAAUGGCUGAAGAAAGAAGGUGAAGUUGUGAAUGCCGGUGAUGCUUUGUGCGAAAUCGAAACAGACAAAGCUGUGGUUACCAUGGAUUCCAGCGACGACGGCAUCCUGGCAAAAAUAAUGGUGGAGGAAGGAAGCAAGAACAUACGACUGGGAUCCCUGAUUGCACUUAUGGUAGAUGAAGGUGAGGACUGGAAACAGGUGGAGAUUCCCAAGCCUACAGUUACUCCUCUUCCAACUACCCCACCUUCUGCUGCACCUGUCGAGGUGCCCAGGCCAACAAUUCAACCUCCUCCAGCAAAACUUGGACUUCGCAUGAGCCCAGCUGCUCGACAUAUUGUGGAAACCCAUGGGCUCGACCCAAAGGUCAUUGUGCCUUCUGGCCCUAGAGGGAUCAUCACAAAAGAGGACGUCCUCAGAGUCCUGGCAGAGAAGAAGGAAAUUGCACACACUCCGGUGCAGAUUACUCCAAUUUCAAAGCCAGAGAAAAUCCCACCCACACCUCAAGCAGCAGUUCCGUCAAUUGGAAGUCAGCGGCCAUCCAUCCCACCCGUGUCCAUUCCUGGGAAACCCAAUGCUGCGGGGACAUUUUCUGAAAUACCAACCAGCAACAUUCGAAAGGUCAUCGCCAAGAGACUAACAGAAUCUAAAUCCACCAUCCCUCAUUCCUAUGCCAGCACAGACUGUGACCUCGGAGCGGUGCUCAGACUCAGGAAAGAGUUGGCCAAAGAGAAUAUUAAAGUUUCAGUGAAUGACUUUAUCAUCAAAGCCACUGCCAUGACACUGAAACAAAUGCCUGAUGUAAAUGUUACUUGGAAUGGUGAAGGCUCCAGCCCUUUGGAGUCCAUUGAUAUUUCCAUUGCUGUAGCAACCAACCGUGGCCUUAUCACGCCAAUCAUAAAGCAGGCAGCCAAUAAGGGGAUCCAGCAAAUCGCAGAAUCUGCCAAGGUUUUGGCCCAGAAGGCAAGAGAUGGGAAGCUUCUCCCGGAUGAAUAUCAAGGAGGAUCUUUCAGUAUCUCCAACCUUGGCAUGUUUGGUAUCACUGGGUUCAGUGCGGUAAUAAAUCCCCCGCAGUCCUGUAUCCUGGCGGUAGGGAGAUCUAGAACGGAGCUUGCGCUCGCUGAAGAUGAAGAAGGAAACCCACAGAUUCUCCAGAAGCAGCUCAUGAAUGUCACAUUGUCCAGUGAUGGUCGGCUGGUGAAUGAUGAACUGGCAUCGCAGUUUCUGGAAUGCUUCCGAACAAACCUUGAAAACCCCGUCCGUUGUGCACUGGUGUGAAUUUGACUGUUAUUGUGUCUGUAAAAGAGAUACAUUGUUACAAUAUAUACUGUAUAGUACACGCAAACAAAGAUUGCCAACUGUGGAGUAAUAAAUAAAUUAACUUAUUAGAGCCCA